CCUUGCCUCCGCACUCCUUUCCUCAUCCCUCUCUUGUUUUAAUAUGUAUCUCUCCCAUCUCCACGCCACGCAGAGUAACGUCCUCCAUCCUCUCAGCUGCUCCUCCACCCUCCAUAUCUCCAGCCAAGUCCAAAUCCACACCACACUCCGCCUCCCGCCUCCAGCCAAUCCUCAACGCACUCUACCACCCUCGAGUCUCCUCGAUUCGAUCAGCUCCUUUCGCUGGCCCUCGGUUUUGCCCUCCUACACAAGCGCCCCAGCCAUCUACCCUCUUUUGAGCACCUGUUUCACCCACUGCUCCUCGGCCGCGACCCUUUCUUGCCUCAACCCCCGGAUCCACGAGCACCCAUGCACUCCACAAACAGCGCCGAAACGUUUAAUAACUCGAGCCCUUCACCCGACAGAAAACGCUCUCUGGAAGCUGGCUCAGAUGAGGACGAAGACCUCGGCUCCCGCGGAGGCCGCUACAAGCGACAGGCAGCCGAGCCCCUGAAGCCCGGAGACGCCCCAGCCCCCGUCUCUGUACCGAGCGAAGAUCUCAACCACUCCUCGGGCGACCAUCCUACCGGCACGGGCUCUGGCUCCAAAGCCCACCACGGUCCUUCGGGAGGCUCGGAUGCUCCUGCGGCGCGUUAUUUUUCGAUGCGUGCCCUGGUCGCCACCAAGGACGCGGGUAUCAUCAUUGGCAAGAGCGGACGAAACGUGGCCGAGAUCCGAGAAGAGAGCGGUGCCAAGGUCACUGUCUCGGAGAACAUCUCGGGUGCCCCCGAUCGAGUCAUUACCAUCACCGGCACCCUCGACUCGAUUGCCAAGGCCUUCUCUUUGAUCGCCAAGAAAAUCGUCCAGGAGUACCCCGACUCGACCGUCGACAUCAACCAGCGCCCCUGCACAAUCCGUGUUCUCGUGCCACACACCCGCAUGGGUUCCGUCAUCGGCAAGUCUGGCAUCAAGAUCAAGGAGAUCCAGGAUGCCUCCAGCGCCAAAUGCACAGCCUCGGAGGAAAUUCUCCCCAACUCUUCCGAGAGAACUGUCACUGUCCAUGGCGUUAUUGAUGCUAUCCAUAUUGCCACCUACCAUAUCGGCGCUGUCCUCCAGGAGCAUCCCGAGCGAUCGAUUGGAACGAUUCUGUACAAGCCUCAGGCGCUCUUCCGCGGCAUGCAGUACCCGCCGAUGCCCCCGCACGGAUACUAUCCCACUGGCGCAGUCGGGGCGGCUCCGUUUGCAAGCCCGAUUGCAGGCAACCGCCCCGUGAUGCCCGCGGGUAUGAUGGCCCCCAGCAACCCGGCCGCUGGACUCCAAAUGCAGCAGAUCUUUAUCCCCAACGAAAUGGUUGGUGCGAUCAUUGGCAAAGGUGGCAGCAAGAUUAACGAGAUCCGCCAAGUUUCCGGCUGCCAGAUCAAGAUCGCCGAGGGCUCUCAGGGCGCGACCGAGCGGCUCAUCACCAUCACUGGAUCACCCGAAGGCAACCAGACGGCCCUGUAUCUGCUCUACAACCGUCUUGAGGCCGAGAAAGUUCGACUAGGCACCAACUCGGCUCACUCGAGCCAGCGCUAGCCAUCUGCAGUCCUGGUAGCGGUUGCGAUGCAUUCUGCUUGAUGUUCGUUUGCUGGAGCCCAUCCCAUCACUCUUUGCCCUUCUC